AUGGAACUAAAUCUCUUUGUAGCUUAUACUGCAUUAUGUAUUAUGGCGGUGCUUCCCAUAUAUUAUGGGUCUUUUGCAGCCAUAAAGUGGCCGAAGAAACGUAAAACCAAGCCACCAUCUGCAGCCCAGGAAAGCGAUUCUUCGUCAGAAGAAGAAUCUGUUACCGAAUCGCUGUCGACACACGAUGCGUAUAUGUUUCCCUUGAUCGGAUCCGGAGUGCUAUUUGGAUUGUAUUUGGUAUUUCGACUCUUUAAUAAGGAGUAUGUCAAUUACUUGGUUACCGCAUACUUUGGCUUCUUGGGUAUUGCUGCCACUACUACCGUCGGCAUAUAUAUCGUAAAGAAAGCCGGUGGUGUCAAACUGGAUCCAUAUAAAAUCGUUGUAACUAAGAAGGCUAAAGAAAUCUAUAGAUUUAGUUUCUCUACUGUACAGCUUGGAGUAGCUGUGGGAUCGGUGGUUCUCACGAUAUAUUAUGUAUUGACCAAGAACUGGAUUGCUUCUAAUAUUCUGGGACUUUCCUUUGCAUUUAAUGGGAUUCAGAUGUUAUCUCUCGAUUCAUUUAAAACCGGAAUGACCCUGUUGUCUGGGUUAUUUAUCUAUGAUAUAUUCUGGGUGUUUGGCACUGAAGUUAUGGUAACCGUGGCCAAGAGCUUUGAUGCGCCCGUUAAAGUUUUAUGGCCCAAGUACUUGUUUGGUCUAGGGAGCGACGCCACAGCUGAAGCCACACAAUUUACCAUGCUUGGACUAGGCGACAUUGUCAUACCUGGUAUCUUUGUCGCCUUAUGCCUUCGCCUUGAUCAUACUCUCUAUUUGAAAGAGAAUCCAAAUGCACAUAGACACUCUAAGUAUCCAACAUUAUAUUUCAAGUCAUGCUUGGCUUCAUAUAUUGUCGGACUUAUCACAACAAUAGUUGUAAUGCAUACAUUCAAGGCAGCUCAACCGGCGCUUCUUUAUCUGUCACCAGCAUGUAUACUCUCGGUCUUACUUACUGGUUUGGUCAAAGGUCAAUUGAAUGCUCCCAGUCCAGUAGUGAAGACCGAGAGUUCAAGUGAAGGCAGAGAGGAAGACGCCAAAGACGAUGAUAGAAAAAAGAAGAAUAAGAAAACUCCCAAGCCCAGUCCAGUAGCGAAGACCGAGAGUUCAAGUGAAGAAGACGCUAAACUGAAACCUUCCGAUAAUGGAGAUGGACCUGGGGCUGUAACUGGCGAAGAAGAUUACGUUGAAAUCCUGUAUUCUGCUUAUUUAGCUUUGGCAGAUAUUCUCCUCUAG